AGCGCGGUCGGAGCGCGGUCGGGGAUGGUUCGUGGCCCGGCCGCGUUGUUGGCCGGGCCUUGAGGGACUUUCUGCGGCCUUGCUGAGGGUAGGACGCGGUGAGCAGCCUUAGGGGUGCUCCCGUCGCGAUUUUAGCCCGCCCGGUGUUUGUUUUCUUCUCAGAACUGCUGUGAAAAAUGUCGCAGCGGAAGCGCAGCAAAGGGCUCGGCUGCUCUCAGAUGACCGACGGCGAGGUUGAUUGCAUCCCGACCCAGGUGGAGCGGCACUCCCAGGACCAGGUGAACCAGAAGGUGAACGAGCUGGUGCAGUUCCUGCUUGUGAAGGACCAGAAAAAAAUUCCUAUCAAGAGGACAGACAUACUGAAGAACGUAAUCUGGGAAUACAAAAAUGCCUAUUCAGAAAUUGUCAAAAAAGCUGACAAGAUCCUGCAAGAGGUAUUCGGGCUGCAGCUGGUGGAGAUCGACAGCAAACGCCACAUUUAUAUCCUCGUUAAUAAACUGCUCCAUGCUGAGGGCCAGCACCUGUGCAGGGGCAAGGAGAAGGAGAAGAUGGGGCUCCUCUUGGUCAUCCUCAGCUUCAUCUUCAUGAAGGGCAACUCGGUCAAAGACAGCACUUUGUGGGAGUUCCUGCACUUGCUCCGCGUGUACCCGGGGAGGCAGCACAGCGUCUUUGGGGACGUCAGGAAGCUGGUGACGGAGGAGUUUGUGAGGCAGAAGUACCUGGAGGCCACCCCCAUCCCCCUGACGGAGCCCCCGGAGUUCAAAUUCCAGUGGGGACCACGGGCGGAAAAGGAAACCUCCAAGAAGGACGUGCUGAACUUUGUGGCCAAGAUGCAGGGCAAGGAGCCCGCAUUUUGGGCCAGCCAGUACAGCGAGGCCAACCAAGGCACAGCCUGACUCCCCCCACCCAAAAAAAUAAAAUCUCCCCC